AGGAAACCGAACUGCGAUCUCUGCGAUCCCCGCCCUCCUUUUCUCGGGAGGAACUUCCUAGGGGGAGGGGCAGGGUCCAGCGCCCAGAGGCCGGGCUCCCAGAACAACUCCCCGUGAUGCUGCCGCUGUGGGUGGCGGUGGUCGCAGUCUCGGCGCUGGCAACACCAGCUCCUGGGGCAGGUGGGCAGAGGCGGGGAGCAGUUAAGGCUUGGCCAGAUGCGCCUAACGUGGUGCUAGUCGUGAGCGACUCCUUCGAUGGAAGGCUAACAUUUUAUCCAGGGAGUCAAGUAGUGAAACUUCCUUUUAUCAGCUUCAUGAAAGCACAUGGCACGUCCUUUCUGAAUGCCUACACAAACUCUCCGAUCUGCUGCCCAUCGCGCGCAGCAAUGUGGAGUGGCCUCUUCACUCACUUAACAGAAUCUUGGAAUAACUUUAAGGGCUUAGAUCCAAAUUAUACAACAUGGAUGGAUGUCAUGGAGAAGCAUGGCUACCGAACACAAAAAUUUGGAAAACUGGACUAUAUUUCAGGGCAUCACUCCAUCAGCAAUCGUGUGGAAGCCUGGACAAGAGAUGUUGCUUUCUUACUCAGACAAGAAGGCCGGCCUAUGGUUAAUCUUGUCCCUAAAAAGACUAAAGUAAGAGUGAUGGAAGGGGACUGGAAGAAUACAGAUAGAGCAGUAAAUUGGUUAAGAAAGGAAGCAAUUAAUUACACUCAACCAUUUGUUCUGUACUUGGGAUUAAAUUUGCCACACCCAUAUCCUUCACCAUCUUCAGGAGAAAAUUUUGGAUCUUCAACAUUUCACACAUCUCUUUAUUGGCUUAAAAAAGUGUCCUAUGAUGCCAUCAAAAUCCCAAAGUGGUCACCUCUGUCAGAAAUGCACCCUAUAGAUUAUUACUCUUCUUAUACCAAAAACUGCACUGGGAAGUUUACAGAAAAAGAAAUUAAGGAUAUUAGAGCAUUUUAUUACGCUAUGUGUGCUGAGACAGAUGCUAUGCUUGGUGAAAUUAUUUUGGCUCUUCACCAGUUAGAUCUUCUUCAGAAAACGAUUGUCAUAUACACCUCAGACCACGGAGAGCUGGCCAUGGAACAUCGUCAGUUUUAUAAAAUGAGUAUGUACGAAGCUAGUGCCCAUGUCCCACUCUUGAUCAUGGGACCGGGAAUUAAGACCAACCUACAAGUAUCAAAUGUGGUUUCUCUUGUGGAUAUUUACCCUACUAUGCUUGAUAUUGCUGGAAUUCCUCUGCCUCAGAACCUGAGUGGAUACUCUCUGCUGCCAUUAUCAUCAGAAAUGUUUAAGAAUGAACAAAAAUUCAAAAACCUACAUCCGCCCUGGAUUCUGAGUGAAUUCCAUGGAUGCAAUGUAAACGCUUCCGCCUACAUGCUUCGAACUAACCAAUGGAAGUAUAUAGCCUACUCUGAUGGUGCUUCAGUAUUGCCUCAACUCUUUGAUCUUUCCUCAGAUCCAGAUGAACUAACAAAUAUUGCUACAAAAUUUCCAGAAGUUACUGCUUCUUUGGAUCAGAAGCUUCGUUCCAUUAUAAACUACCCUAAGGUUUCUGAUUCUGUCCACCGAUACAAUAAAGAGCAGUUUAUCAAGUGGAAACAAAGUAUAGGGCAAAACUAUUCAAAUGUCAUAGCAAAUCUUAGGUGGCAUCAGGACUGGCUGAAAGAACCAUGGAAGUAUGAAAAUGCCAUUGAUCAGUGGCUUAAAAGCCACUCUGAUCCAUAAAAUAUUUGAACAAAAAUAAGAAAAUAAUGUUCUAGAACUAUAUAGAAAUAUGUUAAAAGAUCAUGAUUAAUUAUGCAUUUUAAACAUUAGUUUUAAUAAUUACUGAUUUUCAGUUAAAGAAUGUACUCUUCUAAAAUAAAAUAUCAAUCAUUAUAGAAUUACAUAUUUUCAAACAUUACUAUCAAGACCUUAUUCUUAUAAACUUCUGACGACUUAACCAAAAUAUUAAAAGGGUAGAAUCAAAUACUAUCAUAUAAAGUUGUGUUCCUCUGAAUAUUAUGGAAUAUAAAAUAUUUUAACAUUUUUUAUUACUUAUGACCCAUAAAAUAGUUGUUUUUGAGUAUUUGAUGGUGUCUGAUGAGUUAUUUUUAUUUGAUGGGAUAUAGAUCAUUUGGAUGUAUUUGAUGGGAGUAUUUGGAGUAUUUUAAUGGUACACAGACCAUGGAUAUGGCAGAAAUUAUUAUUUUUUAAAAUAGGUAAUACAUGCACAAGGUACAAGCUUCAAAAAGGUACUAAACAGUUAACAGUGAGCAUGAAGUCUCUCU